AUGGCCGCGCUGACGAUUGGCUGGGGCUGGGUCGCAGCGGCCACCGCCGGCUCUCUCACCGUCGCCCUCCCUCGCUCGUCCGGCACAAAGCUUGGCCGCGUCCGUGUGUACCUGAGCACGAGCUGCGACACAGCGCCGCCCAGGGCGCAGUGCUCCGACAGCCAGGAAACAGCGCAGGUCUUCGGCGUCGACGUGCCCGACGGCGGACUCAGGCCAGGCGGAACCGUUGCGAUUGAUGCAUCGACGCUUGGCUACCCACGCCACAGCAUCGCGAGUCUUCCGGCGGGCACCUACUGCGUGCAGGCGGAGCUCUUCCCGUACCGCCGCUACCUUCGCGGCGACGGGGCCGACCUGCUCCUCCCCGUCUCGUGCGUCAGCGACGCGGGCGGCGAUGGCGCCUAUGGAUCGCCUCCGGGAACGCUGUACUCAGACGUGGUUUCGGCGGUCCUCGGGCAGGACGGCGGCUGGUCGGGACCCGUCGCGCUGGAACUCACGCACGAAGUGGCAGCCGUGAGAUCGCCGGGCUGCAGUGGCAAGGGUGACGACACCGACUACAUCAAGACGGUCUCCAUUCACUCCACGCUGCUGGAGCGGUUCUGGGGCACUCGCAUGAAGCUCGAGGCGUGCGUGCUGCUGCCGUUUGGCUUCCACGAGCGCCCUUCGGCGAGGUACCCGCUGUUGAUCGCCCACGGCCACUACUCUGCGACCUUCAACCCCGGUGGCCGCUUCGACGACACGCCGCCCUCGGCCAACCUGUCGGGCUACGACCGUGUCGAUCAGCAGUACGCCUACUGGCUGUACAGCAACUGGACCAGCAAAGACGGUCCCUUCCGCGGGGCGCGGGCCCUCGUUGUCACGCUCAACCACCCGACGCCCUUCUUUGACGACAGCUACGCGGUCGACAGCGCCAACGUCGGCCCGUACGGCAGCGCCAUCCUCAAGGAGCUGCUUCCGCUCGUCGAGAAGCGCUACCGCGGCAUCGGUGCGGGCUGGGCGCGCGGGCUGCUCGGAGGGUCGACGGGCGGCUGGGAGGCCUUUGCCAUGCAGGUGCUGUACCCGGACGCUUUCAACUUUGCGGUGGCGGCUUGCCCGGACCCGGUGGGCUUCGCCUCGUACACGACGAUCAACCUCUACUCCGACCGCAACGCGUACUUCUAUGACUCGGCCUUCAAGCGCACGCCGCGGCCCGGCUACCGCGACCACUAUUCGGGGACCGCCACCGUGCCUGGCACAUCGACCCCAGCCUACGGGUCGCCUUAUGGGCAGACCACCGCGACGGUCGAGGAGAUGAACCGGCGCGAGGUCGUCCUCGGCCCAAGGUCGCGCUCGUGCGGCCAGUGGGAUGUGUGGGAGGCGGUCUUCGGGCCGAGGGGCGCGGACGGCUACCCUGCACGGCUUUUUUGCAAGGACCCGAGCGGCGACUGCGAGUACGGCGCCGUCAACAAGAGCGUCGCGUCGCAGUGGGUUGAGCGCUUCGACAUGACGCGCCGCCUCAAGCAGCAGUGGCGGCACGGCCUCGGCGAGAAGCUGUCGGGCAAGCUGCACGUGUACGUCGGGGGCGCCGACUCCUUCUUCCUCACCAACGCCGUGAUGGACCUGCAGGACUGGGCCUCCGACCCGGCCCUCGACCCGCCCUUUGGCGGAGAGAUUGUCAUCGGAGCGCACGAGGGGCGAGGGUUCGAGCACUGCUGGAACGGCUACCUACCCGACGGCGAGGCCGCGCCAAACGCGGUCACGCGAGAGCUCUACGUCAUGACAUACCUGCCGCGGAUGGCGGAGAGCAGCGACGACGGGCUCGCGCAGACCCACCGUGCGCUGCAGGAUGGCUGGCAGCCUCGGCAGGCUACCGACGGGGUCCGGGUCCUCGCGCUCGACGGUGGCGGGACGAGAGGGCUCAUCACGAUCGAGAUGCUCAAAGCGCUGGAGGAGACCACGGGCCGGCGGGUGCACGAGCUCUUUGACGUGAUAGGAGGCACGUCGACCGGCGGCAUCAUUGCGCUCGCGCUGCAGGAGGGCUUCCCGCUGGCGCGAAUCGAGGAGCUGUACCGGCAGCUCUCCGUGUCGGUCUUUAAGCAGACGCCGCGACACGUGGCGGCCUCGAACCUGCUGAUGACUGGGGCGAUCCACAAGGCUGCCGCGCUCGAGGCGAUCCUGCACGACCUCUUCCACGAGGCGGCCCCAGAGGCGGAGGAGCAGGCGGCCGAGACAGCGUGUCCUACGAGCGACGACGGGUCCGAGGCAGCCGAGGCAGCCGAGGCGGCCAGGGCAGCCUCUCCGCCCGACACCCCCGCCGCGGCGAGGCUCGAGCGGCCGCGCCUCUUGUGGCGCAAGGCGGCGGCGGCGUUUCGUGAGGCUCGAAGCCGGAGACGGCCCGAGCGCGGCCCCGCAGAAGGAGCGAGCAUGCUCUACCGACGCGCCGAGCAGGAGCGGCGCUACUCGGAGCGCAUACAGGUGGCGCGGUGCGGAGCGGGCGAGGCGGACUCGCCGGCCCGGCCCCCGAACGUGUUUGUGGUCGCGUGCGCCGUCAGCCAGCUGCCCCCCUCCCUCUUCCUCUUCCGCAACUACGAGCUGCCCGCCGCCGCCGCCGCAGCCCGCAGCGCUGCGCCGCCGAUCCCGGGCAGCUCCUCCCUCUCGCAGGCCGAGGCGGGUCGCGCCACCUCUGCGGCGCCCUCCUUCUUCCCGCCCGCCUCCUUCCUCUCGCCGAGCGGAGGGGCGCCCGCAGUCUACCAGGACGGCGGCCUGCUCGCAAACAACCCGGCGGCGCUCGCCCUCGCCGAGGCGAAGGCGCUCUACCCGGGCGCAAAGAUCGCGUGCGUCGCCUCGUUCGGCACCGGCGCCUUCGAGCCCCGGCCGGUGGCCAAGCCGACCUCGUUCGCGCACGCCCUCUCGACGCUCGCGGGCGCCGCCACCCGCACCGAGGAGGUGCACUCCCUCCUCUGCGGCGUGUUUGGCGAGGGCGGCGGCGAGGCUGGCGCGACGCACUACUACCGCUUCAACCCGCCCGUGCCGACGGCGAAGCAGGGCCGCAUGGACGACACCUCGCCGCAGGUGCUGCUCCAGUACCAGGCGCUCGGCCGAGCGUACGUGAGCGACGGACUCGGGGCCGCAGACAUGGCGGCGCUCGCGCAGCGCCUCGCCGCCGCCUCGCCGGCCGCGCCGCGGCCGCCCGGCGCGUGGCUCGCGCCGGCUUGGUGGGGGGCGACGGCGCGCGACAUGAUGCGGCAGUGGCUGGCGAGGCGGCCGCGCCCGCUCGCCUCGUUCGGGAGGCGCAGUCGGCUGUGA